ACGAAACCCGAAUCCGAACCCAAACCCAGAUCCGGACCCUUUCUUGUCGGCAUCAAUUAACAAGGCUACGAAUUUGAGAAUAUCAAAAGCACAAAUUUACAGAGCGGAGGAGGAGUUGAAUUCGAAGGAACGUUUCCCUUGAAUCAAAUUCUGCUCUACUACUACCACUACUAGUCUCUAAGAAACAAACGAUGCCUCGUAAAGGAUUAUCCAAUUUCGAUGAUUAUGAUGAUGGUUUUGAUGAUGAUGACGAUGCUUAUGAUUAUGACUACGAUAUUGAUAUAGAUGGACCUGAAGAAGAAGAAGAAGAAGUUGUUGUACCAAAGGAAGAAACUGCUAAGCAAGGGCUUUGGCGAUGUGCAAUCUGUACAUAUGAUAAUGAUGAGAGUAUGUUUGUGUGUGAUAUUUGCGGUGUUCUUCGUCAUCCUGUGGCCGGAAACCAAAGUAUCAAUAAGAAUACAGUUGAAGGCAGAUGCAAAGAACCUGUGGUAUCCAAAUUGGCAAAGUCCCUUUUCGGAUCAGUCCCUUCUAAUACAUCGAAAAAGGCUGUUCUUUGUCUGCUAGAAAACAAGAAUCUUGUGAAGGAACAGGGACCUCUGCCUGGAAUUUCCUGUGGGAAUAUUCAUGAUCUCAACAAGGCUUUUAGUUCUAAAACUUCCUGCGUUAGUAUAGCACCUUUCAAGUUUGAUGCUCCAUCGCCAGAUGAUUUAGUCACCAAUGGACUGACAUCCACGAAAAGUGGUCCAAAAGGCUCAGGCGAUUCUAGCAUGAGGCAGAAGGAGAAGCAAGAUAGCGCAGAAAAUAAUCCUUUAAAGAAAGGAGGAGAUAGUUCAGAAACAAGCUCCCGAGGUAGACCUGAUAAACUUGAUAAUAGUUUUUCAAAGGGAGGUGCGGGUGGCAUAAAAUCAGGCAAAAGUUUGCCAAAAGAAAAAACAGAUAUGUCUAAUGAGACAAGUUCUUCCUCCAAAUAUAUGGAGCCGUCGGAGAGGCUUACUGGUACUAUGAACGAGAUGUCUUUGACUGGGGAAACAGAAAAAUCCAGCGAUAUUAAGUCUAUAAGACCAAAAUCAAAAUCUAAGCAUAAGCCAGAGGAGUGGAUGCUUCUUGACAAAGAACCAGAUGCUCUUAGCCAACUUAAUCUUGCCAUUGUGGGGCACGUUGAUUCUGGUAAGUCAACACUCUCUGGUAGAUUAUUGCAUCUGUUGGGAAGAAUAUCUCAGAAGCAAAUGCACAAGUAUGAGAAAGAAGCAAAGUUGCAGGGCAAAGGGUCCUUUGCAUAUGCCUGGGCAUUGGAUGAGAGUGCUGAAGAGAGGGAGCGAGGAAUAACUAUGACUGUGGCUGUUGCUUAUUUUAAUUCCAAAAGACAUCAUGUUGUUUUGCUCGACUCUCCUGGACACAAAGAUUUUGUUCCAAACAUGAUAGCAGGAGCAACACAAGCAGAUGCCGCGAUUCUUGUCAUAGAUGCAUCUGUCGGUGCUUUUGAAGCUGGUUUUGAUAAUCUGAAAGGCCAGACAAGGGAGCAUGCACGUGUUCUGAGAGGUUUUGGCGUGGAGCAAGUCAUAGUUGCAGUCAACAAAAUGGAUAUUGUUGGGUAUUCAAAGGAAAGAUUUGAUUUGAUUAAGCAGCAUGUUGGAUCCUUUUUGCAAACCUGUCGUUUUAAGGAUUCGUCUCUGACAUGGAUUCCUUUAAGUGCCAUGGAAAAUCAAAAUUUGGUGGCAGCUCCCUCUGACAACCGCUUAUCCUCAUGGUAUAAUGGUCCAUGUUUAUUGGAUGCGGUUGACUCUGUCAAGUCUCCUGAUAGAGACGUCUCAAAGCCUCUGCUCAUGCCUAUAUGUGACGCUGUAAGAUCAACUUCACAAGGGCAGGUAUCUGCAUGUGGCAAACUUGAAGCUGGAGCUGUUCGGUCAGGAUCCAAGGUAAUGGUUAUGCCAUCAGGAGAUCAAGGAACUGUGCGGUCUCUGGAGCGUGACUCUCAGGCUUGCACCAUUGCAAGAGCUGGAGAUAACGUAGCGAUAGCUUUGCAAGGGAUCGAUGCAAAUCAAGUAAUGGCAGGAGACGUAUUGUGUCAUCCUGAUUUCCCUGUAUCAGUAGCAACUCAUUUGGAAUUGAUGGUACUCGUUUUGGAAGGUGCCACACCCAUCUUGCUUGGUUCUCAGUUGGAGUUUCAUGUGCAUCAUGCAAAGGAAGCAGCAACAGUUGUGAAGCUUGUGGCAAUGCUUGAUCCCAAAACAGGGCAGCCAACAAAGAAGUCUCCUCGUUGUCUAACUGCUAAACAGAGUGCCAUGCUUGAGGUUAGUCUCCAAAAUCCAGUUUGUGUGGAGACAUUCUCCGAAAGUAGAGCUCUUGGAAGAGUGUUCCUUAGAUCAUCGGGAAGAACUGUCGCUAUGGGAAAAGUUACUCGAAUUAUCCAAGACUCAUAAAAGCCUCUUUUGUGUUGUAAGAUUUUACAUGUUCAUUAGAAAUUGAAUCUUCCCAAGUUUUGACUGCAAUACACAAUUAUCCAAUUUUUGUCUUUGAGGUGUUUAAAACACAAUAAAACCUUUUUCUUCAAAAUGAGUAUUUUUGUUUGCUAUA